AUGGCGCAGGUGACACUCAAUAGCUUUUGGGAAUCGUCUGCUGUUAGCAGAAACAAACGAAAAAGUAGAGAUGAUGAUGAAAUAGACAGCUCGUCUGAAACAAGAAAACAUACUAAAACAUCAUCGGCACAAUAUCCAAAAACUUUUCAACAGAAAUGGCUGUUAGAAUUCGAUUGGCUGAGAAAAGAAGAUUCCGGUAUGUUCUGUUCCCUAUGUAAGGAAAUGCCGCACUGUAAAUUUUCGCCGUUUUGUAAAGGAACCAAAAAUUUUCAGAGAUCAGCGCUUGUGCGACAUCAGCAGUCAAAAGAUCAUCUACUAUCGAUUCAGACAAAACGACAAAAGGUGUACAUGAACGCUGCCAAAACAUGCUUGAAAAAGAAUUAUCAGCGUAUACUCGAGGCUCAACUGAAGACGGCACUGUGGCUGGCCAAGGAGAACAUUGCUAACCGCAAGUUUAUAAGCUUAGUAGAUCUGCAGAUUUCAAAUGGAUCAACAGUAUUUCAAAAGAGUUCCGCGGGAAGGAGUUCAACUUCAUCAAGUGGGAUUUAUACAAAUCAUCAGGCACCUAGUGAUAUGCAAAGAGCACUGGCAGACGUGUUGAGAGAAUUGACCAUUGUCCGAGUGAGAGAUAGUCCAUUUGUUGGUCUUAUGGUAGAUGAAUCCAUGGAUAUUGCCACAAAUAAAAAACUUAUUAUGUUUUGUAAAAUUGUACAUGCUGGUCAAAUCAAAAUAGAGUUCUGUGCAAAUGUAACUGUAAGUGAUGGAAAAGCAGAUACAAUAUAUAAUGCUAUUGUAAAUUGGAUGGACGAUGUUGGCAUUAGCUUCAAGAACAUUUCUGGAUUUGGAAGUGACGGAGCAGCAGUGAUGACUGGUAGACUUUCAGGUGUUGGAGUGAAGUUAAGGGCACAGAAUCCUCACAUAAUUCAUGUAUGGUGUGCAGCACAUAGGUUGUCUUUGGUGGCACAUUGGGCUGCUAAGAAAGUUCCAUACUUAAGAAAAGUACAGGAGCUGUUAAUAGCAAUUUAUUAUUAUUAUGAAUUUUCAGCUCCACGUUAUAACAAACUUUGGGAAUUGAAAAAAAUCAUGAAAGAAAAGGUUAAGAAGUUUAAAAAACCAACAGAGGUUCGGUGGUUAUCACUACAAGAUGCAAUAAUUGCAGUCUAUGAAAACUGGUCUGUACUCAUCUUAGGAAUGGAACAUGAAGCCGCCAAUGCUCCCAGAACUGAGGGUGGAGCAAAAGCAAAAGGGAUAGGGAGAGACAUCAAGACAUUCAAAUUCAUUUCAGUAUUAUGUCUAUUGAAGGAUAUACAGAACAUAUUUUGUAAAUUAUCCAGAACAUUCCAGAGAGACAUUAUUGAUAUUCAGCAGGUCACAUCUAUGGUUAUCUCAGCUCGAGAUACCAUACAAUCUUUUUACCAUACUGACCCUCCAACUGUAGUUGAUUUGUUAGACACUAUUGAGGAAUCUGAUGAGUACAAAGGGAUUCCACUUACAUGUUCUAUUAGGGAUAGGAUUGUAUUCAGAGAUGUUAAGCGAGCUUUUGUCAGAAACUUGGUGUCAGAAUUUAAUGAACGCUUUCCAGAAGACAAUAUGAGGGACUUGAAAGACCUGAAUGAUGUUCUUAAUCCGAAAAUACUGCCAGUGAACCAUGCAGGUAUUGUUAACCAUGGCACAGAAUCCCUUGAGAGAGUGAUAGAGAAAUAUGGAGGGGGUGAAGGUGACAAUCUCAUUGAUCCUAAUAGAACCAGAGAUGAGUAUCUGCAGUUCAAAUUUUUGCUAAAUGUUAACAGACAUUUUGAGGUAACAGACAUGUGUUUAAAGAUCACAAAUGACUACACUGAGGAAUUUCCAGACUUUUGUGUUCUAGCUGGUAUAUUCAUGACUGUGCCAUUAACUUCAGUCCCCUGUGAAAGGGGAUUUUCACUCCAAAACCGUCACCAUUCUGCCUCGACAAAUAAAAGAAGUGUUUCUACUGUUGAGGACAGAAUGGUCAUUGGAUAUUAUUCAAACAAAGAUGACUUUGAUCCAGAGGAAAUUGUCCACCGAGCUUGUGACAAAAUAUUGUAA